AUGUGGCGUAUCGCAGCGAAGCUCCUCUGGGCCUUCGAGUUCUCUGAAUACGUAGAUCCUCGGACUGGGGCCAAGACCGCGUUGGAUCCCGAUGCAUAUAACCCGGGUAUUCUUCAAGCGCCGUUACCAUUUAAGAUCGCCAUUAAGCCCCGAAGCGAGAAGCAUAUCGAAUGUAUUAACCACGAGAUGUCGGACGCACUGAACUUUUUGAAACAAUAUAGCUGA